AGGGGUAAAAAGCAAUCCCAUAAGCGGUGCUUCGAGAAAGUUGAUCUCAUGAGAAUUGUCAUUUUCUGAUAUGAAGUCAAAGUAAUAAGAAUAGUCAAGUUUUAAAUUGGAAAUAUGAGAAUGACAUAGAAUAUUCAAGAACCUUUUAGGGGGCAAGUUAACUUGUCAUGCAAGGUUUCAGCAAAAACAUCAGUUUGAGUGAAAGUAAGGAAUAAAAAAGAUGAGGAUUUUUGAGCAAAUGUCAUUUGUGAGAAGCCUUAUUUUUUUAGAAUAAAGUCGAUUUAAUAAAAAUAAUAUUUUGAAGAAAAAAGCAAGCAUGAAUGUCAAGAGAAAUUGUCAUAUUGUGGUUAUAUUUUAGUUUUAGAAAAAAAAACUGUAUGAGAGUCAUGAAAAAUCUUGUUUUUGAGUAAAAAAAGAUGAAGUGAGGGUCAUUUUUUGAGGGGGGAAAGGCAGUAUGAGAAAAUAUAAUCUUGUGACGAGACUUAAAAAAAAAGAUGCAAUGGUAGUCAUUAGGAAAAUAACCUGUUUUGAGAAUUUUUUAAAAUAUAAAUCAAUUGAAAAAAACAUUUCCAUAGAUGUGAAUAAUGAUUUUAUUUUAUUUUAAGAUGCUAAUUGUGCGCGUUGAUGAGUGACGUUUAGCUGCAUGCUUGCUGAGGCCAUUCUGCAAGGGGUGUGUCAUUAAUAAGUCAUUGGGGCCUGGGGGCUCCCCACCUCCCCGUCCCCCACCAGUAUAAAGGGCCCCCGAAGAGCCCAACAGGAUCAGAUCUCACUCCCUUGACUCAGGAGAGGAGACAACUUCUUCCUCCCCUACUUGCUUCUUUCCUAACGCGCAGCUCCGUUGUUCAAGAAAAAAAAAACCCCACCAAGAUGGGCUCCGUGCUUCCAGCAGAAGCUUUGGCCCUCAAGUCUGGAUUUAAGUGUCCGGCGCGGGCGGCGCUGUCGGACGUGAUCACGUCGGACGUCCUGCACAGCUUCCUGUACGGCCGCUGGAGGAACGUCCUGCAGGGCGGAGAACACCUGCCGGCCGAGGAGCAGCGACACGCCGGCUGCACCAGGACCGCCUUCACCGCCGAGGUGCUGGCCCAAUCCUUCGCCGGAGAGGUGCAGAAGUUGUCCAGUCUGGUUCUUCCCAGCGAGGUCAUCAUAGCGCAGAGCUCCAUCCCAGGCGAAGGUCUCGGGAUCUUCUCCAAAACCUGGAUCAAGGCCGGCACCGAGAUGGGUCCCUUCACCGGCAAGGUCCUCUCCCCGGAACACGUGGACCUGCUGAAGAACAACAACCUGAUGUGGGAGGUGUUCAACGAGGACGGCACGGUCAGGUACUUCAUCGACGCCAGCCAGGAGGACCAACGCAGCUGGAUGACCUACAUCAAGUGUGCCCGCAACGAGCAGGAACAGAACCUGGAGGUGGUGCAGAUCGGCAGCAGCAUUUACUACAAAGCCGUGGAGACCAUUCCACCAGACCAGGAGCUCCUUGUGUGGUACGGAAACACUCACAACACUUUCCUGGGCAUCCCCGGUGUUCCGGGAAUAGACGAAGAGCAGCAGAAGAAAAGCAGAAAUGAUGACUCCCAGUCCUGCGAGUCCUCCUGCUCUCCGCCUUCGUCGUCCGCCCUCCACUCCUCAGGCCGCAUGCGCUGCGUCAUCUGCCACCGCGGGUUCAACUCCCGCAGCAACCUGCGCUCGCACAUGCGCAUCCACACGCUGGACAAGCCCUUCGUGUGCCGCUUCUGCAACCGCCGCUUCAGCCAGUCGUCCACGCUGCGCAACCACGUGCGCCUGCACACGGGCGAGCGCCCCUACAAGUGUCACGUGUGCCAGAGCGCCUACUCGCAGCUGGCCGGCCUGCGCGCCCACCAGAAGAGCGCCCGGCACAAACCUGCGCUCGCCGGGCCCGAGGCGGCCGCGCAGGGGUCGCCGCCGCUGCCCCCGCCGCCUCCUUCCGCUACGGCGCCUCCGACGUCCGCACAGCAGAUGGCGCCUGUCGUCCGCCAACAUCACCACCAUCACCAUCAUCACGUGCCUCUGGUGCACCACAUGCCUGCCUUGGUGCUCUGACCACACGCAGACUAACUCUACAACUUUGCACUUUAGAGGACUUUAUGUACAAAAACAUCCGGCGAGGACUUCGCUCUUAUCUCUCACCUCAACAAAAACAGCCUCUUUUACGAUGACAUCUUGCAAAAUACUCCAUAUUUGAAUGUGAAUGGCAUUCAUGGGUUGUGCUUAUGUGGUG